UUCGGAGUAGUGUGCGUAGUUUGGGAUGCUUAGGUUAGGAUAUCUAUUUUCAUAAUUACUCAUUUUUAUUGUAAAACUGGAAUGUCAGGCGACUAUUUCGGUAUUUCGAUUCUUUCACUUUUUCGGAUAUCCGAGUUUGAUCCUGCGUAGGGGCUCCGGACAUUUCGCGCGCGAACAAACCCCAUAUUGCAGCGGGAGAACUUUCGAAAUCCAUCCUAGGGGGUUUCACCGAUUUUUCUUUGAUUGAAGUUAAACAGAAAACGUAGCGAUAAUAUCCGUUUUUCGAAGACUCGAGUACCUACCGAAACUAACCUACCGAACAUGGCAACCGGCGAGGCAGGUACUCCUCAUCAUUUUAGUGAAGACACCAACUGGAGAAGGGACAUCGUUUCCCAGCUUCGUGACAGGAAUAGAUCACAAACCCACUGCUUCUAUGAGCUCAUCAGUUCGCAUAAUCGUUUGUUUGAAAGGGCAAAUUCUAUUAGAAGCGGAGGUCAACAAAUUGCCGCUCAAAGUGACAAUUUGCAUGGAGAAGGUAGCAGCACCGGUGGAGCAGCACCUGGAAAUGCGGCGCUCGAAGCUCGAUUGCUUGCACAAGCAGAGGAAUUAGCGACGUUACAUAAAAGAAGAGGGGAGCAUGCACAGCAAAUUGUGGAUCUUAAUAAUAAACUGCAGGAAAUGACCAAGCAGCUGCAAGAAAAAGAAGCUAGUUUAGCGGAAGCUGUGGAAGUGAAUGCGAAUUUGCACCUGAAUAUAUCAAGGUACAUUACUAAAGAACGAGAACUGGAAAAUAUCAAUCAAAUGCUGAAGGAUGAAUAUCAAGCACUGCAGCUGGCUUUUAGUUCAUUGGAAGAGAAACUUAGGAAAGCUCAAGAAGAAAAUCGGCAGUUUGUUGAACGCCUGAUUAAAUAUAAAUCUAAAGAUGCUGAUAAGAUGAAUGAAGAGAACGAUACUUUCUUGAACGAGAGUUUUACCAGUCCGACAGCCUUUUUGAUGCAUACCUUAUCAAAAUUUGGGAAGAGGCAAACAAGGAUACAAAAGGAAUUGGAAGAAGCAGCUCGAGACACAAGGCCGAUCAGCCCUGAUCGAACAAAUUUGAAGGAGGGAAUUGUUGGUCUUCCUGCAGCUAUACCCAGUAAAAUCUCCGUCAAGUUUAAUGCACACGAUGGAGAGGUAAGCGCUGUCAAGUGGUCUCCGGUAGACAGAAUCCUGGCAACUGGUGGCGCCGACAGGAAAGUGAAGCUCUGGGACAUAACUAAAGGUGCUUUCGAGAGCAAAGGGAUCCUCGUGGGCAGCAACGCCGGCGUCAUGUCCGUUGACUUCGACUCCACGGGUUCUCUCAUCUUGGGGGCCUCCAACGACUUCGCCAGCAGGGUGUGGACCGUCAACGACCUGCGUCUAAGG